CCUAGAAAUCCUCUAUUUCAUUCGUAGUUUAUCGUUUUCCUCUUCUAAGUGCUUCUUGGUUCUAAUCGGAACCCUAACUUUUUCGGUUGUUCUAUGAUGCAGAUGAGGUUGAGGUUGAGAUGGACGAGAGAGAGCCCGUUGAUGGUGAAGAAUUGGAAGAAGGAGGUCGAGAUAUGGACGAGGACGAUGUGGAUGAAGAAGAAGAGGGAGUAUGCUGAUUCUCAUUAAUGGGUGAAAGUUGAUGGAUACUAAAUCAGGCAGCAAAGUUGGCAGGAUUGCUGAACUUUCCAAGCCAGAAGAGGUAGUUGAGCAGGUUGAGAUAAGAACGAUUUCCGCAUCUCCAUUUGAAUAUAAUGUGAAGCUUGAAGAAGUGGAGUCGUUCUUUGGUCAAUAUGCCAAGUACAUAGAUUUCAAAAUGGGAGCUGAGUCAGGAUUCAUUCGGUUUGAUGUAGGUGAAGCUACUCAGAAAGCACGUGCUGCUGCAGUUCUUUUUGUUUGAAUACCCUGAAGCUCGUGUAUGGAGGACUGUGUAGCGGACUAAUGCGCCAAGGUGGAAAGUUAAGUUUAUCAUAUGAAGCAGAGAGGUAUCAACUUUAUUCCGUAAAGGUUUUGCACUUAACAUUACAUUGUUUAUUUUUUUUCAUAAUUUAACUUUAGCUUACUAAUCAUAAUUUGAUAUGGUUAAUUAGAAUUGGUCCCUAUUUCAAUUUGUACCAAUUUUCAUUCAUUACAUGUUAAUUUCUAGCACAUGAUUUGUCUUUUGGAGAAAAUCACUGUUGCAUAACUUUGGUGAUUAUAUAUAUUGUUUAGUAUUUAGU